AGUCAAGUAAACAUCAUCCUCAGAGCCCAGAGCGAAUAAGAGACUGGGGAGGGGAGGUGGAGAGAGGGAGGGAGGGAGGUUAGAGUGUUUGUGUGACACGGAGAGUGAGAGGGAAACAGAAGGAGAGGAGAGGACAGAGAGAGUCUGUGUGUUCAUCUCACCUCCUAAUCAGUUUUCCUGUGGGAUCUAUCAUCAACUGCGGCAGAGGAGGAAAGUGGAGAAGCGGAAGAAGAAGAAGAAGAAGACAGUACAAUUCAUCUGACCCUCACACAAAUGACAGAAAUGGAAGCCCCUCUCUCGACCCCCUGCAACAUCCAGAUUUGCGAGGUGACCUGCGACUCCUUCCGCAUCGUGUGGGAUAUGACCCCAGAGGACACCGCCAGAGCCACGCACUUCUUCAUCGACCUGAGCCGCAAAGAGAGCAAGGACCCCAACCGCUUUAAACACAGGGAUGUGCCAACCAAGCUGGUGGCCAAGGCGGUGCCUCUUCCCAUGGCGGUGAGGGGACACUGGUUCCUCAGCCCGCGGACCGAGUACUGUGUUGCUGUCCAAACUGCUGUGCGACAGCCGGACGGUGACUACCUGGUGUCAGAGUGGAGCCAGGUGGUGGAGUUCUGCACUGGAGACUACGCCAUGGAGCACCUACAGCAGCUUCUUGACAAGGCCAGAGGCGCCGCGGGGAGGCUGCUGAAAUUCUCCGUGUUUUAUCGCAACCAGCACCCAGACUACUUUGACUAUGUCAGAAAGGAAUGUGGAGGCCUGAUGCGUCCAGCCCUUAAAGACUGCAGUGGGAGUCAUGGUUCUCCGAUCAACGGCAAACUGCAAGGAGUCUUCUUCAGCUGCAACACAGAGUUUGAUACAGGCCUCCCUCCUAAAGACUCCCCGUACGGCCCCCUGCGUUUCCAGAUCCCAGCCGGACACCUCCUGAACCCCAACAUCAACCUGUACUUUGCAGACUUCUACUGUAUGUACACAGCGUACCACUACGUGGUGCUGGUGCUGGCCCCCGUCGGCUCGGAGGGAGAUACCUUCUGUCGCACUCGACUCCCUAUGCUGGACUUGGCCUCCAACCCCUUUCUGACAUACUCUGACCCCCAGGGGCCGGGGGACGAGCCUCUGUACUGCCACGCAAGCGACGUCAUCCUCGAGGUGCUUUUCACAGAGCCAGUUCACCUGGAUCAAGGCAGCGUGGAGCAGAUCAGCGGGCACCACCAGCUUAAGAGUCUGACCACGGCCAACGCCAAGAAAGACCCGAGCUGCAAAGUGUGCAACAUCAGUGUGGGACGCUGAGGGGGGAUGCGGAUGUAGGGCAGAGCUGAGAGCGUGUGAGCCUACAACCCUGAGACACAAUGAGCCCAUCACGUGUAGGUCAGGACACAGCAGAAACAGCCCACCUCUCGGAGUGUGUGCAUGCUGCUGCCCCUCUUCCCUCCUGCCUGGACUAGAAUAGUGAGUAUUAAAUAGAAGACUUUCACAGUUUCAUCAUGAUCACAGCCGGAGAUACAGUAAACAUCCAUCCAUGUCUGCUGAACAAAACAUAAUUGAAGACGUGAUAGGCUUUUUAGAAGACUGGAACAACCCUGACCCAUAUUUGUUGAGAGUCGUCUGAGCUCUCGGGUGUCUUUGUGCCAUUUUCUGAAAACAUCUUAUUUUCUUUAACAUGUGGUUUGAUUUCUUUUUCUUUGUUAUUUUGUUAUUACCAAAAAGUUGUUAUUUAUAGUUUGGUGUGAUUUCUUUUUAAAUAAAUUUGUGUGUCGCCUUUUAAAAGACAUUCUAGAGGUCA